CAGAACAUCAGUGCAUUGACUGUUGUGUAAUUAUGUAACAGACUCUCUCAGGGUUUGGGUGGACUCACAACUAGAAGCCCAUUUUUAGUUUGUAAAACAAACCCAGAGUUUUUCUGGAGCUUUGAAGAGAACUCCUCCUCUAACCAAGCCUGCAUUCCUUCCUGGACCGUUUUCCCCAAACGUGGGAGACUGUGGAGAGUGUGUGUGUGUGUGUGUGUGUGUGAAGACACGGAGGAACAACACAGCCCUUCAGACCAAAGAAGAUCUGUUGGUACGACUACACAAGGAUCCACUAAAAUGGCAUUCCUGUUGAUGUUUGUGACCGUUCUGCAUUUGGUCACCCUUGCCAUGCUUUUCAUUGCCACCAUGGAGAAGUCCUGGUGGUCUUGGGGAGACACAGAGAACACAGAUCUCUGGUAUAAGUGCAUCUAUGAAAACGCCACAGGACCCUGGUUAUGUGCUUCUGCCAAAGACAGUGAAUGGCUGCAGUCAGUCCAGGCCCUCAUGAUCUUGUCUGUGGUGCUCUCUUCCAUCUCCUUCAUGGUGUUCCUCAGACAGCUCUUCACCAUGUCCAGAGGAGGUCUUUUCUACUUUACUGGCUUUUGCCAACUAUUUGCAGGUUUUGCGGCGUUUGGAGCUGUUCUCAUCUACACCUUUCAAAGGAGUGCGAUUCUUCAAGAUUCUCGUGAACUGGAAAAAGGUCAUUUCGGCUACUGUUACAUUCUAGCGUGGGUGUGUGUGCCUCUUUUACUUAUCAGUGGCGCACUUUAUGUGCAUCUGCGCAAACAGGCCUGA